AUGUGCGAUUUGGUGGCCCGCACCGGUCGACAUCAACAGCGAUACGAGGCCGGUUGUCGCCUUGUUGCCGGGUGCAUCCCAUUUAGGUAUAAGAACUAUGAUACUUCUGAUGGGAAACAUGAUAUGGAACUUGAAGUUCUCAUGAUAAACUCACCUAGUAGGCCAGGUCUCCUAUUUCCAAAGGGAGGAUGGGAAAAUGAUGAAACAGUCGAAGAGGCAGCUGUACGAGAAGCCAUUGAAGAAGCAGGAGUAAGAGGAGAUAUAGUGACAUUCUUGGGGGACUAUCUCUUUAAAAGCAAAACCCUGCAAAAUGAAUUCAGCCCAGAAGGUUUGUGCAAAGCGGCCAUUUUCGCUCUGCAAGUGAGAGAGGAGCUACAAUCAUGGCCAGAGCAGAGCACCCGCUCUAGGUCGUGGGUUACCUUACCCGAAGCUGUGGAGCAAUGUAGACAUCCUUGGAUGCGGGAUGCUCUCAUCGAGGGAUUCUCAAAAUGGCAUGCGGGUAUAAGAACAAGGGCUGAAGGUGAAGCCACUCAAGAAGAAAAUGACCGACCUGGACAGGAGAGAAGCCUAGAAGAUGAAAGAUAA